AUAAAGAGACCCGUCCGUGCAGGCUCAGGCGAAAAACACAAGGCACAAAAAAUUAACAAUACGAGGAUCUCGAUAUCAUCGAAGAAAGAUCUCCGAAUUUGAUUUCAUAGCCAUUGCAGCAGAAACAACUUAACUAUCGCCUUCUCAUUCUACUUCUCAAUCUGCCCCUGUCGCCUCAGGCUUCUGAGAAAUGGUUACGUUGUCAAGCUCCGUGAUGAACCCUCAAUCUCAGCUGUUCUCAGGAUCUGCAUUGAAGCCAAUGGAUCAAUGUACUCUGAAAAGCAACUGCAUUAAAAUCUCUCCAACUUUCUCGUCAAGGGGUAAAGCAAAGAUGAAAACACGUUACAUGCCACUCAUAGUUCGUGCAGGGUACCGUGGGGAUGAUGGAAGAUCAAACAAUGCGGGUAUUUUUGUUGGAGGCUUUGUAUUGGGAGGACUAAUUGUGGGAGCAUUAGGUUGUGUGUAUGCUCCUCAGAUAAGCAAGGCCCUAGCUGGAUCCAACAAAACUGAUCUCAUGAAGAAGCUUCCAAAAUUUAUGUAUGAUGAGGAGAAAGCUAUGGAGAAGACUCGCAAGGUACUAACUGAGAAGAUAGCAAAGCUGAAUUUGGCCAUUGAUGAGGUUUCUGGAAAACUGAAGGCAGAUGAAGCUUUGAACUCGGAGGAAGUAGAAGCUUCCAUGUAAUACGUAAAUCUUGGGACCCGACUAUGCGAUACUCGAAGCUUUCUUUUGGCACUCAGGAAGAUAGUGUUAAGUGAUCGGAUUUUAAAAUUUACCUGUGAACGUUGUUUCCCAAAAACAAAACAACAAAAAACCUUCCUUUAUCUUUUGGUCUUAAUAAUGGUGUUUUAAAGAUGGCUUUCGUUUUCGUUGUUGAGAACUAUGAAGCAUUUGCUGACAUUCUGUGAAACUGGCAUGAAUUCUAGUUUAACUGGGUAAAUCCUCAAGUGAUGAUAAUAUGCAAUAUCCUGAACUA